ACCUUGAUGGACCCACCUCUGGACGCCUUGUACGAUGCCACCGCCCAUCCGCCCAGUAGCCAUCUCACGCAGCUCGCCGUAGACCUCGUGCUCACUGUCCACGGUGCACCGUCGCCCGCCUUUUUACUCCGAACCUGAGCCUCUUACGCCUCUCCGUACCUCAUUUCCUCUCCUCACAUCUCUCUUCUUCUCUCUGAAGAGCUGAGGAGAGAGUCCUGCUCCGUUCUUCCUCGGCUGGACGGGAUGGGUCGGAGCCCCAUCCGUGCCGCGCGUCUUGGACGACGCUGCUGCCCCUCUCCGUCUCUCUCUCAGUACUCCCUCCCUGUUACUAUUUUCUACCCCAAUCUGCGAGCCCUUACGCCUCUUAUUUUCUUGUCAGGGGCUUGUCAGAAGGCCGGCCGCCAUCGUCGGCAUUGCCCGUGCGGUUCUGUCCGCGGUGUCGAUCUCGCCCUCGACCUCACCAUUGCCCUGGUUCGUGCCUGGACGUCCGUGGCGAUCGAGCAGGACUGCCGCACGACGCCGCGCCCCUCCGUUCCCUAGGGACUGCCCGGUGGAUGCCGUCCUCAACGCUCCAACCCGGCCGUCCGAGACCUCCGCCUAGCGUCGUCGCCGUCGUCGCGUCUCGUCUGCUGCACCGCGGACCGAGUCGCCGACUGCGUCGUCGUCAUCAACCUCGUCGCACCACUUCCCCCGGGUGCCACGCCCGCUCAUGCCGGCAUCGACGACCAGGAGCUCCGCCGACGCCCCUGAGGACCGAGCUUCUGCAGCGCAGAGCCCUCCCGGCCUGCAGCCUAGAGGCCGGCGUCGUCGAGUUCAUCCACGGCACCGUCGACCGGGUCGCUGUCCACGUCGACGUCCAGGGCUCGUCGGCAUAUGCGCGUCGAGCCUCUGCGCGCUGCCUGAUCUCCGCUCCUCUCUCCGAUCUUACCCCCUUGCAGGAACCACGACGCGGUUGGCGUCGAACUUCGCCUCGUGACCGCGCCGACGUCCUUGAAGUUCACGCGCACGUGCUUGACGCCGUUGCGAGCCGCCCAGGCCUCCGCCCCAUCUUCGUCGCGCCUCGGUCGCCUUUCCCCACCUCGAAUGCGAACGCUACUGGAGAAGGAGAGGAUCUUGGUGAGGAUUUCGGAGAGGAAGGAAGAGCAGAUGAUUCGUGAAGACGAAGUCCGGGGAAAAAUAGCCAACAAAGGCAAGCCACCUUUUGAUGCAUCUCUGAUCCUAUAUAUCUUAUUCUUGCAUUAUUACAGAUUUUAUAAAAGUGCAUGUCUUCUAUUUAUUUUGUCGGUGGUUAGUGCCACCCGGAGUUUUUAUUGAUCCACCCUUAGGGUGCAGCCCUCGUUGAUACCUACAGAUCACCUCUCUAUUAGUGAUAUGGUGCUUAUCACCUUGUCAUC